AUGGAGAAUGAGAGGGAAAAGCUGAUUUAUGUGGCUAAGCUCGCUUAUGAAGCUGGAAGAUAUGAAGAUAUGNUGAAANCGAUGAGAAAAGCAUGUGAACAUGAAGUGGAGCUAAGUGAAGAGGAGAGAGAGCUACUAACAAUUAGCUANAAGAAUGUGAUGGUGACUAAGANAGAUUCAUUAAGAACAUUAUCUUUGAUUGAAAGAAUGGAAGUCUCAGUGGGAAACCGGCUAAGUUUGAAACNGAUCAAGAAACAACAAGAGAUUGUUAAAAAUGAGUUGUUCAAUGUUUGUAACGACAUUUUGUCUCUCAUUGAUUUUCAUCUCAUUCNAUCAACUUCCAAUGUUGAAUCAAUGGAAAUUAUUUUCGAUAUUUGGCGGAGUUUGGUUCUGAUCGAUGAUGAACGUAAAGAAGCUGCGGAUAAGUCUCAUGAGGCAUAUAAGGUUGCAAUGAAGAUAGCAGAGAGGUGUUUAUCACCAACGAAUGUUGUUAGACUUGGCUUGGCUUUAAACUUCGCGAUUUUGUAUUAUGAAGUCCUUAAAUCUACUGAAAGAACUGAAUUUGGAUACCCCACAAGUUAA